AUGUUGAUUCUAAAUACAAUUUUCCUUCUUUGCUUAGCCAGUUUCACCAAUUUGGUUUCAGCUACAAAGUUGAUCAAGUCUUCGUCGCUUUUAACAUGUAUGGAUAACUCCCAGUUCACUGCAUCCUACUUUGAUAUUGUUUUUUACCCAGAGAAUAACACUGUGUAUUUCGAUAUCAAUGCCAUUUCCUCCAUCGACAACAAAAACGUUAGUGUUUACGUGAACUUGAUUGCUUACGGUCUCAAUGUUUUACAAAGAAACGUGUCAUUGUGUUCAUUAGACUACCAAGAAACAGGUAAUAGCAAAAAUAACCCACUUUGCCCAUUGACUUCGGGACACUUGAACUUGGACUCCUCCUACGAGUUGGGGUCCUCGGUCACCAAAGAAAUCCCAGGCGUCGCAUAUACAAUUCCAGACUUGGAUGCUAGAGUUAAAGUCAUUGUUUACGACGACUCAGACUAUACCCAAUUGGCAUGUGUCGAGGCAACAUUAUCCAACGGAAAAACAGUGCAAACCAAGUACGCGGCAUGGCCAAUUGCAGCAGUAUCGGGUUUGGGUGUUUUAACCUCUGGUGUUAUCUCUAUUAUAGGCCACUCUAGCACUGCCGCCCACAUUGCGUCAAACUCAAUGUCUUUGUUUAUCUAUUUCCAAUCCUUGGCAAUUACUGCUAUGAUGGGUGUUGCAAGAGUGCCACCAAUUGCAGCCGCUUGGGCACAAAACUUUAUGUGGUCCUUGGGUCUUGUUAGAGUUGGAUUUGUCCAGAAUAUCGCCAACUGGUACGUCCAGUCGACUGGUGGAACACCAACAGAUAUUUUAAAAUCUUCUUAUUUGUCAAUCUCUGUGCAAAAGAGGAAAUUGAUCAAGAGAGCUGCAUUGGAGUUGUAUGACCACUUUGCUUCAGAAGCAAAGCAAAAAUUGGUCAAGAGACUCGAUGUGCAAGUCGACUCAGAUACUUUUGGUACUUCGGAUAAUCUCGAUCCAACCUUGUACUCAACCGAUGAAAAAAAUUCAGAUGGCAAGAUCUUGGUCUUGCGAGGAGUUCAAAGAGUAGCUUAUUUGUUGAGCAUUGAAAUCACAGACCUUUUCAUGACCGGUAUUUGCUUUUUGCUCUUUUUUGGUUUUGUUAUGAUUGUUUGUCUCACCUUGUUCAAGGCACUCAUUGAAAUCUUAGUCAGAAGCAAAAUGAUGCGCGAGGGCAAGUUUAACGAAUAUAGACAGCAAUGGAAUGGUGUCAUCAAAGGUUCCGUUUACCGUUUAUUGAUUAUUGCGUUGCCACAAAUCAGUCUUUUGUGUAUAUGGGAGUUGACAACUAGAGAUUCAACAGGUACCGUUGUUGUGGCCGUUUUCCUUUUAGUAUUGGCAUGUCUCUUGUUGCUUCAAGCCGCGGUGCGCGUGUUUUUAUUGGGAAGAAGAUCUGUUGGCCAGUUUAAGAACCCGGCAUACCUCCUUUUUGGCGAUGGGAAAUUUCUCAAUAGAUUUGGUUUCCUCUAUGUUCAAUUCAGAGCUGAUUGUUACUGGUUUGUGUUGGUGUCCCUCGUCUAUAUCUUUUUGAAAUCACUUUUUGUUGCUGUUUUGCAACAACAUGGAAAGCCACAAUCUGUCAUUGUUUGGGCUAUAGAAUUGAUUUACUUGGUAUUGGUAUGUUGGAUACGUCCAUUUAUGGAUAAGAGAACUAAUGCAUUCAACAUUACCAUUGCUGUAAUCAAUUUCAUCAAUGCCUUAUUUUUUAUGUUCUUUUCAAUGGUGUUUGGCCAACCAAAUGUCGUAUCUUCAGUAAUGGCGGUGGUUUAUUUUGUUUUAAAUGCCGUUUUUGCCUUAUUCCUAUUAUUAUUUACCAUCAUCACAUGUGCAUUGGCCUUGGUUUACAAGAACCCCGACACAAGGUACCAACCAAUGAAAGAUGACAGGGUCUCAUUCCUUCCAAGAACAGUUAAUGAUAAGACUGGUGGACCAGGUGGUUUGAGUCGUGAUGACGAUAUGGAGUUAAUGGCGUUGGGUGCUACAGCAAUGAAGGGUCAUGAACAUGGUGGAAAAUCCCGAAUGGCUGGAGAUUCAUCAAUCUAUGAUGAGGACAAUUCCUUUGAAAAUGAAGGCGAGUCUGUAUACCAAAGAACGCGAAACUUGAGUGGUCCUGGUCUUUCAUCUACUUCAGAAUCAGCAUAUGAACCAUCAAAGAGAGACUCAUUUGUCAAUGUAGAGCCUACACAACCAAGCUCUACCAUUGUAGGUAAUCCUUACGCUGCACUUCCAACAAAUGCCGGGGGUAACGCUGGCGGACCCAGCAAUAACAGUACAGGUGGAUUUAGUUUCGGUCAAACUGGAUCAUACCAAGGAAGUGCCUCAAGUCCGCAGAAUCCAUACUUUAAAUCCACUUCAUAUCAGCAGCAGUCGCAGCCCUACCAGCAAAGAAACCCACGUUUUAGGUAA